GGACCACAGGACGAACCUACGCAUGGAGAGCUGCCAUGUUUGGAAUAUCUUCUUGAAACACCAUCGAUCGAGGUAGUUCGGGACGAUGCGGUCAGUAUGAACGCCUUAAAGACGUACCUUUCCAACAACAGGAGGUCACAUGGUGGCAAAAUCACGUCAAUAUCCGAGGAUGAUGACUGCUACGUAGUCACCUUUGCGAACAUGGAGGUUGCCCAGGAGGUAUUAUCACAUACCCAUGAACUGAUGGGGACAUCGUUACAAGUUCGCCAUCGCAAAAAUCCGACAAUCGAAGUUAUCACAGAUGGAAGUAUUGAUGAGGAGCGUCUAAAGGUUUAUUUUACCAACACUCAUUCUUCUGGCGGAGGACCCAUAGAAAGAAUGAUAAAGGACUCCAAUGGUGUUUUCUACACGACGGUUCAACACAAGCAAGUGUUCUACAUUACGUUUCAACACAGGCGAGCUGCGGUUGAUGUUGUACGGAAACCUUCUCACUUCAUUGGAGAAAAGGAAGUGACUGUCUCCGAGAGGCUGAGCCUUAUCGAUGGCAAGACUUUGCUUAUAAAGGGCAUUCCUACAAGCUGUGACAAUGGAUUUCUCAGGGACUACUUGGAAGGGUUGGGCAGCGCCGAAAACAGGCUCUCCGUUACCGGUAUCAUCCGGGGUGAAGAUGAGACCAUAGCAGUAGUGUCCCUGCUCCACCAUAUAGAUGGAAAAACAAGACGUCUGAUGGCUGAUGAACUUAAAAGUAGACCUCUGUCGGGACAAAUUCUCUCCGUCUUCCCCGUGGUCGUCACCAGGAGUGUGCAACUGUCAGGAAUCACAAAGAGAAUCACACAAGAUCAGCUACUUGAAUACUUUGAAGACACCGAAAAAAGCGGGGGAGGGAAGAUACUGGAAAUCAUCCCUGGCAAACAACAAGGGACGGCUAUUAUCAGAUUCAAAGAUCCCAAGGUCGUUCCGACAGUCGUGAGUAAACUCAACCAUGAGUUCGGAUUCGGUCCUAUCGCCGUGUUCGCGCACUAUGAGCCACUUGGUACCAUAGCCGGGGUGGACUUCACAACAUCAUCUUCGACACCUACGGACAAAACAACCAUUCAUCGGGCCAUUAAACGCAUUGAACAAACACUUAAACAUGUUGAUCCGCGUAAACUGCGCCUGCUAGAAAAGCAACUACCCACAAUUCGGUCUUCUUUCCCUAACCUUGAUUUUGAUAUCACUCAUGACAGCCAUGAAGUUUUAAUCACAGGAGUAGAGCAAGACGUACAGCAGGCACACGACAUGGUUGAGGCCAAGCUUGACGAGUUCAAGGAAAGGAGGUGGCAAGUAUCCCCUGAAGUUCACUCUGUUCUUCGAGUCUCAGAAGAGAUAAAAAAGACUAUUGAUGAAACUCUGACACAGGCGAAAGUGUUAAACGAUGUCGUAGUUGCCGUAAGAGAUGAUGAAGUGACCAUUUGGGCUGUAGACGAAGCCACUGCAGGCAUUGCAGCAAAAAGCGUCCGACCUCUAUUCGCAGAAUUGAGUAGGGAUGUUUCAAGGGAAGUCCUGGGAGUUGGUGGCUGGAAUAGUUUUAUGGCCCAGAGUAACGAAGAUGCUAACUUCAGCGCUGUUAUGUCAGCUGAUAAGUUUUCGGGUACAGUUAAGAUCGCGGGCCUUAUUCAAGUAGUUGAUGACAUGGAGAAAAAGCUUGACGACUUUUUGAUAGAAGUCGACACGUCGGUAGUCAGUGUAGACGAAGCGGUCUUAAAUGUCCUACUUAAAGGUCGGGAGGAUGAGAUUCAGAAGAUUGAAAGUGCCAAUGGAGUCAAGAUUAAAGCUGUGAAAACGGGUUUCGAGAUUUUAGGCCCUCGUGAUAGAAUGAGCAAAGUGUCAAAAGCACUCAUGGAUCUUGCUUCAACCGUCAUCAAGAGCAAAGAACAGUACAAAGAACCCGGUCUGCAAAAGCUGUUUAGCAAAGAUGCCUUUCAGAACAUGUUGAAGAAGAUAGAAGAGAACCAUAGAUGUACCUUGCUGUGGAGCAGUAAUACCUAUCCACAGGCACCAGCUACGAAACGGAUUCGGAAGCAUCCAAGCCCCAUUCCACAAGCCCCAACACCGGCUGUCGGUCUCCUGAGCGUUGGACCCAUCACCAUAGACAUUCAUACAGGCCUGCUCGAGUUUGCGGACACAGAUGCGAUUGUUAAUCCAGUCAUAAGCAGCAAAGUGUUCACAGUGAUUGGCGAGGCCCUUGUGGAAGCCGGAGGCGAAAGCAUCAGAGGCAAUUGCCAGGCCAACUGGGACAACAAAGUCAAUGGUGUUCUUCUCACAGAUGCCGGCACUCUCCGGUGUAAGAAGGUUGUUCACAUGGUGCUCCCCAAAGCGGAUAAACUUAGUGAGGCAGUCUGCCAGUGCCUUGUUCUGAGCAAUCAAGCCGGACUGACGUCGAUUGCAUUCCCUGCCAUUGGAACAGGUCGGUUUGGGUUGACCCCAUCCCAGUCAGCCAAUGCGAUCCGAGUUGGUAUUGAGCAGUUUGUCCGACCAAACCCGAAUCCCGUCCUUACAACAGUUAAACUCACCAUCUACGACGGACAGAUGUUAGCAGACUACAGGGCCGAGUUCUGUAGCAUCCCUAGUGAACCGGGACCUGCCGCCAUAGGCGAUAUAACAACACCAAUCCCAGGUCAACAAGAAAUGAGCUUUGGUCUGGUAAGAAUGCAGGUCGAACAGGGAGAUAUCUGUCAGGAGAAAACCGACGUUGUUGUCAGUACUGUCCUUAAGAAUAUGGGGUUCACUGUAGUCACAAAGGCACUUGUAAAAGCAGGAGGGCAGUCUAUCGCUGAUGACCUAAAGGAGGCAUGGCCAAAGCGAAGUGACAUAGGGGUGUUCACAGACGCAGGAAGACUUGCAAGCAAGAAGAUCGCCCACAUGAUCCUACCCAGUGCUUCGGAACUGAAGGACGCUGUACUAGCCUGUCUGAAGAAAGCGGACACACUGGGAAUGAAGUCAAUAUCAUUCCCCGCAAUAGGAACAGGGGGCUCGAUGUCUCAAGUAGAAAGUGCACGAGGAAUAUACAGCGCAGUCCAAGAAUUCGGCCUUAAAGAGAAUCCUCAGAACCUUACACUUGUGCGAGUCAUUGUCUAUGACAUUAAGACGCUGGGCACUUUUCACUUGACUAUGCAUCAGUUCUCCAGCGACGGACAUGUGCCUGCAUCACCACCUGCAUCACCUUUAAGCUCAUCACCACCUGCAUCGCCUUUAAGCUCAUCACCAUCACCACCUGCAUCGCCUUUAAGCUCAUACCUCUCAUCUGCAUCAAGACGUGCAUCGCCUUUCCUCUCAUCUGCAUCACCUGCAUCAAGACGUGCAUCGCCUUACCUCUCAUCUGCAUCAAGACGUGCAUCGCCUUACCUCUCAUCUGCAUCAAGACGUGCAUCGCCUUACCUCUCAUAUAUAUCAACAAGUGCAUCGUCUUUACUCUCGUCAGCAUCAACACCUGCAUCACCUGGCCUGUUCGGAUCUAUUGACGUGCAAAUUCAGCAGGGAGAUCUGACCAUGGAGAAAACAGACGCGGUCGUUAAUCCUGUCAGAAGCGAUGGAGGUGGUAAGGAAUUUGUACAAUGUUGCAAUUUUAAUGGAAACUCCAUUUUCCCCAAAGGGUUCUUUGCAGUGGGGCAUGCUCUGGAAAAAGCUGGUGGCGCAAAUGUUAGGACAGACUGCCAAUCGUCCUGGGAUAAGAGAGUGAAUGAAGUGCUCGUGAAAGAUGAAGCAGGAGGUAAACUUAAGUGUAAGAAGAUCAUCCACAUGGUGUGUCCAGAUGCGAAGUCAAUGAAAGGAAGGGUGUUGGAGUGUUUGCAGCAGGCAGAAAGCAACGGUCUUACAUCUGUAGCCUUCCCGGCCAUCGGAACAGGAGGGUUCGGCGUGAGCGCUGCGGACGCCGCGAGGGAAACCGUCCAGGCGAUAGAAGACUUCGCCUUGAAGCAUAACCCUAGGAGCGUUAAGCUUGUACGAGUGACGGUGUUUCAAGCAUCAAUGGUUGCAGAGUUCCAACGGGCGCUGCAGACUGCUCUUCUGAAAGCACCGGUCGCGCCGACAGCAGGGGCGGCGGCAGCAGCAGUAACGCCAGUUGUAGCACCCGUUGAUACAACACGAUCCAACGCAGACGUUGAACAAGUCGUUGAAGUAACUUUCUUCGCCUGUAAACAACUGGACGUGGACAACGCUAAGACAAAAGUCUCUGAAACCAUCAACAGAUACAUUACAAAGGAAAGUGUGAGUGACGAGCGUCUUAAGUCGACUGUCCAACUCUUAAAUGAAUCUGAGAAGGACAGCAUCAUUCAAAUGGGGACAAAGAAGUUCGUGCUUGUGACCAUCACAGGUAACCAUAUUGAUGUAGCUGGGCUUACAGAUGAUGUUGUGGGAGUGCUUAGGGAAAUUGAAUUCCUUUUGUGGGAGAAAAAGACAGCCUCUGACGCAGCUUUUGUAGAAGAAUUUAAGAAGGACGUCAUUAAAGUUCCUGAUCACUGGGCCACGCUACCUUCAGGAACAACGGGUGCGCACAUAGACAAGCUACAGCCAACGUCACUGGAGUUCAAGGAGGUGGAGAAAAAAUUCCUAGCCAGUGUCGGGUCCAAACCUCAGAUUGUUUCCAUCUCCAGGGUGCAAAAUGAGGCCAAGUACAAGGCCUACAUGUUUGAGUUAAAGGAGAGAGAAAAGAGACUCGGGAAAGGCUCAAUUGAGAAGGUCCUGUACCACGGAACUUCACCUGAGGUGGUGGAUAACAUCAAUGAAGGUGGAUUCAACAGGAGCUACUGCGGGAAAAAUGCUACUUACUUCGGAAAGGGAAUGUACUUUGCUAGAAACGCAAGUUACUCCGCCCAGGAAAAAUACUCGACUCCCGACUCACAGGGCAACAAGUACAUCUACCAAAGUCGUGUCAUCGUGGGCGAGUACACAAAAGGGGAGCCUAACAUCGUGGAACCGCCACCAAAGAACCCGUCAAAUGCAGCAAUUCGAUACGACUCAGUCGUAGACAAUGUAGCCAAUCCUGGCAUUUUUGUCGUGUUUCGUGACAACGAAGCAUACCCAGAGUACCUAAUCGUGUUCAAAUAAUCUUUGAAUUUGAUUCACCAUCAGCCAUAUUUUGAACCUUAUUUGUAAAUACCCUUCAGCCUGUACCAAAGAAAAUUGAUUAUUUAGCUAUUGAAGUUCAGUAUUGUAUUCAAUUGGGUUAGUUCUGAACUUAGAAAUAUUUAAUUGUGAAAUGAUGUGCUAGAAAGAAUUUACCAAAUUUUAUAGCUUUGGAUAAUGAUGUAUAGGGAAUGAAAAUUAUGUAUGAUUAAAAAAAAACAUUCGAUCAAAGUUCCUAUGUUGGAUCUGUAAGUAGUUGUAACAAAUGGAAACAUAUUCUGGGUCAGGAUAUACAAGUUAAACAUGUCGACUCAUAUGUUUAGAAGAUGUAAUACCACAAUAGACCGAGGAUGUUCUUACAGUCAAUGAAAAUAACAAUGAAUUCUAUCUCCUACUACUUUUAUCAUCUCGAAGGCGGUUCUUAAGCCUAUAGUAUGUAUUUGACCUCUUAGCUUCUACUCUAGUCUGCUUCAUAUUAAACAAAAUCAGUUGUAAGCCUAUUGAUGCAAACAGAUAAUCUGCAACACUAUCAUUUAUUUCAUUUCAAACAACAUAUAAAGAGCAUGUCUUUCUGUGCUGAUUAGGUCCCCUUUCCACAAGACAGCGAUCGCGCUGCGCUCUCACUGCGACUUCAAACGGAUGUGUUUAACCUUCGCUUUCAUACUGGGUUUAUCAUACAGCAUGUAAAAGUGUGACUGAGAGGACAGCAAAACACACAAAUCUGUCAACCUUUAGGUCGCAGAGUAAGCGGGGCGAGAGCGUCGUCCUAGUGGAAAGGGGGGGGGGGGUAAGAAAAAGCCAGACAAACACUUUAUAAUAUUAAGAAAUUGGCAGACAAAAUAUUUGUGAAGAUAUCAUUAACACAUAAUAUGUAGCUCAUAUCACCAUGUUACUAAUUUGUUUAAGGAUCUUUGCUUACUUUAAGAUAAGCUGCAGCUUCUUAGCAUGCUAUUUAGCUGUAAUACCAGUCGGUGGUGGAGCUGAGGAAAAGAUGCAUGGUGAGUCGUCUGACGAUGACGUCGUUACAGCGAAUCACGUGAUCCACUCCUAGUCAGCUCAACUCCAUUUUCUCAAUCUAACCCUAUGCUUUUAAGUGCGCAUGUGUGUGAUAACAUUCGACCAAUGGCAAUCCAUUCUCGUACACGAAUGUUCUCUGGGAAAAUAUCAAAUCAUCUUACCAGUUGUGUGUAGGCGGAUAGAAGAGACCAUUUUGCACUAGCCCUGAUAAUUGCUUUGUCUAGCAAGAAAAGUAAUCUUACUGAUUGUUCGUGCGAACACUGUGGGCGUAGUUUGAGUAGACCAAUAUGUACGCUUGCAUGUGGCAUCGUGUUAAUCUCCAAACAGAUAAUCGGUAGCGGGCAGGCAACAUUUAUCAUGUCGACAGACAGACUGAUACACAUGAAUACUGAAGAAAAUAUAGUCGUCUCGUUGAAAGUAAAACGUUGUUCCUUGAAUAUACGAACGUACACACAGGUUAUGAACAAGAGUUCGUAGACCUCAGGCCUGCAUGAAAUGUAUUGGGUUUCUGUAGACCUAUUGUGUAUUUUUG